AUGUCUUUGGUCAGCUCUGAGAAGAGCAACUUUCAAUUCAUCCUACGUCUCCUCAAUACCAACGUCGAUGGCAAACAAAAGAUCAUGUACGCUUUGACCAAGAUCAAGGGUGUUGGCCGAAGAUACUCCAACUUGGUCUGUAAGAAAGCUGAUGUCGAUCUGAACAAACGUGCUGGCGAAAUCACAUCGGAAGAGCUUGAACGAAUUGUCACUAUCAUCCAAAACCCUACGCAAUACAAAAUUCCUACCUGGUUCUUGAACAGGCAGCGGGAUAUUGUCGAUGGCAAAGACACUCAAGUUUUGGCGAACAGCAUGGAGAGCAAGCUUCGAGAGGAUUUGGAACGGCUGAAGAAGAUUCGGUCUCACCGUGGCCUGCGUCACUAUUGGGGCCUGAGAGUUAGAGGGCAGCACUCAAAGACCACUGGCAGAAGAGGUCGUACCGUUGGUGUCAGCAAGAAGAAGGGUUAG